UUCAUGUCCAGUUGCCGAGACGAUGCUCUAUCAAGCACACGACUAAUUAUACCUAUUAUGAUUGUAUAAGUGGAUAAUAAAAUAAUUUUAUAUUAUAAAGUGUAGUGGAUUUGAACAGCAAAAUAUAACAAUAUGGACGCAGAGAAACAGCCGUUGCUCAGUUCAGUCAGGAAUAUGACUAUAAACGGUGUUUUCAGGCCAUUAACUUAUGAAGAGGUUCUACAAGCAAGACACGAUGUAAAUUGGCGCCGAGCGAGAUUCCUCCUAAUCCUUAUGUUCUGGGCAAUAAUUGCCAUGUUUCUCUCAACCAUUGUUUGUAUCCUGGUCACGGCACCAAAGUGUAACUCAUUUACUAACAAUAUGGGCCCAGCGCUGGCCGUACCUCCAGUUCAUAUGACGUUUGCGCCAUUAAUAUCUCAAGGAAGAACACUGACUGACGAUGCUAUGUACACCUUGUAAGAAAUAAUAUUGUAUAGUUAACAAAAUAUUAAGAGAAGUAUUUGCCUGUCACAAUGGGAAGUUUUGUUAGAAAAUCUACUUUACUUGAAUCGUAAUACGAUUAAUUUUACAGUCGAACUCAUAAUCUUGUACGAAUUAUAAGAAAAGAAUUCUAUUAUGGUUUUUGUAAAGGGGGGGUUUUGUGUUAGCGUUAAUUCAACUAGGAAUUACCAUAUUGUUAGAAAAAGAUUCGAGAUUAACAAAAAAUUAUAUUAUAAAUUAAAUGCCUAAGAUAAAUAUAUGUUAUAAAAGAAUAAUUAUUGUCUAAGUAAUAACAUAAAGUAAUUAACCACAUAAGACUGAAAAUGGACGGAUACUGGUUGAAAUGAUGAUGAUGGUAAGUCUGAAAAUAAGACAAUAAAGAAUUUAAGAAAAUAUGUAUUAUCGUUUUAUAAUUUUUUAAACAUAUUACAAAAUAUUUUGUAUAAAAUUUAUAUUUCAAAUGUUACACUUAUUAUUACUGUUAAAAAAUAUUAUUCAAGAAAUACAUCCAUAGAAACAAAUUCAAAUGUAACGGUCGACAAUUUAUUUAAGUAUAAACAUAAUAUUUUACAUUUUUUAAUUAAAUAUAAUUAUUUCAAAAGUUAUGCCGAAAGCAGAUUAUAAGAGCAAGCAUAAUUAUGCUCAAAAGAGAUAAUAGAUUUCAGAAUUUCAGUGAUGAGAAUGAUCAGUCAUGAAGCUGUUUGAAAAUUUUAUGACGUAAUGUCUAUCUUUUGAAAUAAACAUAUUUAUUUAGAUAGUUAUUAAGGCCAUCAAAAGUGAAUUAUUUUCUAUGGGACACAUUGGGUUCAUAACAAUUUAUCAUUAUAAGACUACAAAACUUCCAUAUAAAGAAGUUAAUGAAUUAUGGAUGAAGAUAUCGUGACUUAUUGAUAAAAUUAUUGACACGUUUUUUUAUAUCAUAGGAAAUGUCAAAUAAUCUACCAAUUCAAUCUCUCUUUAGUUUACGAAUAUGACAGCAUAUUCUAAAACGAGCAUUAAUGCUCUUUUGUAUUAUGGGAUUAGCAUAUUUUGCACUAAGAACUUUGUACAUAACAUUUAAAAUAAAGAGAAUAUUAUCAUAAAAAAAAAAAUAAAAACUGUCAGUUUUGUAUUUAGAAUUAUCCUAAAUAAUACUUGAAUACAUUGUGUGUAUCAUAAAAAUUGUAAGACAUGCAAAAAUGCCUAACAUAUCCUUUAAAUAAAUGACUAAACACCAAA